AUGGCACUGAACCCCAAACUGCCUCCAGUAGAAAUCAAGCACAGGCAUCUCUUGCGCUGCAUAUUUAUAUUUCCGCUCCACUUUCCUUUCGCCCUUACUGCAGGCCCAAGGACACGGAAACUGAAAAAGUCGAAAAGCGGCAAAGAGGACAAGCGGCCUCGCACGGCCUUCACGGCCGAGCAGCUGCAGAGACUGAAGACUGAGUUCCAGGUGAACCGCUACAUCACCGAGCAGCGGCGGCAGUCCCUGGCGCAGGAGCUCAACCUCAACGAGUCCCAGAUCAAGAUCUGGUUUCAGAACAAACGGGCCAAAAUCAAAAAGGCCAGCGGCUUCAAGAACGGGCUGGCGCUGCAGCUGAUGGCGCAGGGACUGUACAACCAUUCCACCACCACCAUCCAGGAGGACAAGGAGGAGAGCGACUGA